AUGGCUUCAGAAAUUGGGAAAGAAAGUGAGGCAAUGGUUGUACAUCAAAUGUAUCAGAACCCAUGGAAGAUCAAGAAGAUCCUCAUUGAACCAGACAUCGCACUAGACCGAAUGUUCAAGUUCACAAAAACAGAAACGGAACAUAUAUUUGGCAACAUGACCAGUGAUAAAGUUGAAAAAGCAAAGCAAGGAGAAGAUGUGAGGGUAAAGAUGGUGGAUUUAGACACAGAGUUGACUGAGUUUGAGCUAUCAUUCAGGAAGGUCAGGAAUGGCCAAGUCUUUGGGUUUAAACGUGGUUGGGUAACUCAUUUUGUUGUUAGGAGGAGGCUCAAGGUCGGUGAAGAAAUUGGGAUAUUUGUGGAUCAAACUUCUUCUAAAUUCUAUUUUUCUGUAUUGUCUAGAGCCAAUGUGUACAACUAA